UGUAAAAAAGCACUCUAAAGCCACAUGCCUUAUGAAGUCAAUGCUGGGUAUGAUUUUACAAAUAUGGUCCGGAAAAAGAACCCCCCUCUGAGAAACAUUGCUAGUGAAGGCGAGGGCCAGACCCUGGAGCCUGUCGGUACAGAAAGCAAGGGAUCUGGAAAGAACAAAGAAUUUUCUGUAGAUCAGAUGUCAGAAAAUACGGAUCAGAGUGAUGCUGCAGAACUAAAUAAUAAGGAGGAACAUAGCUUGCAUGUCCAAGAUCCGUCUUCUAGCAGUAAGAAGGACUUAAAAAGCUCAAUCCUGAGUGAGAAGGCUGGCUUCAAUUAUGAAAGCCCCAGUAAGGGAGGAAACCUUCCCUCCUAUCCACAUGAUGAGGUGACAGAGAGAAAUAUGUUGGCUUUCUCAUCUCCAGCUGCUGGGGGAGUCUGUGAGCCCUUGAAGUCUCCUCAAAGAGCAGAGGCAGAUGACCCUCAAGAUAUGGCCUGCACCCCAUCAGGGGACUCCUUGGAGACAAAGGAAGAUCAGAAGAUGUCACCGAAGGCUACGGAGGAAACAGGGCAAGCGCAGAGUGGUCAAGCCAAUUGUCAAGGCUCAAGCCCAGUUUCAGUGGCCUCAAAAAACCCACAAGUGCCUUCAGAUGGGGGUGUAAGACUGAAUAAAUCGAAAACCGACUUACUGGUAAAUGACAACCCAGACCCGGCACCUCUGUCUCCAGAGCUUCAGGACUUUAAAUGCAAUAUCUGUGGAUAUGGUUACUAUGGCAACGACCCCACAGAUCUGAUUAAGCACUUCCGAAAGUAUCACUUAGGACUGCAUAACCGCACCAGGCAGGAUGCUGAGCUGGACAGCAAAAUCUUGGCCCUUCAUAACAUGGUGCAGUUCAGCCAUUCCAAAGACUUCCAGAAAGUCAACCGUUCCGUACUUUCUGGUGUGCUGCAGGAUAUCAAUUCCUCAAGGCCUGUUUUACUAAAUGGGACCUAUGAUGUACAGGUCACUUCAGGCGGGACAUUCAUUGGCAUUGGACGGAAAACACCAGAUUGCCAAGGAAACACCAAGUACUUCCGCUGUAAAUUCUGCAAUUUCACUUAUAUGGGCAACUCAUCAACGGAACUAGAACAACAUUUUCUUCAGACUCACCCGAACAAAAUAAAAGCUUCUCUCCCCUCCUCUGAGGGUGCAAAACCUUCGGAGAAGAACUCUAACAAAUCCAUCCCUGCACUUCGGUCCAGUGAUUCCGGAGACUUGGGAAAGUGGCAGGACAAGAUCACAGUCAAGGCAGGAGAUGACACUCCUGUUGGUUACUCGGUGCCCAUCAAACCCCUUGAUUCAAGACAAAAUGGUACAGAGGCCACCAGUUACUACUGGUGUAAAUUUUGUAGUUUCAGCUGCGAGUCAUCGAGCUCACUUAAGCUGCUAGAACAUUAUGGCAAGCAGCAUGGAGGAGCACAGUCAGGUGGCCUUAACCCAGAAUUGAAUGACAAGCUGUCCAGGGGCUCUGUCAUUAAUCAGAAUGAUCUAGCCAAAAGCGCAGAAGGGGAGCCAAUGACCAAGGCAGACAAGGGCUCUAGUGGGGCGAAGAAGAAGGACUUCUCCAGCAAGGGAGCAGAGGAUAAUAUGGUCACGAGCUACAAUUGUCAGUUCUGCGACUUCAGAUAUUCCAAAAGCCAUGGCCCCGACGUUAUUGUAGUGGGGCCACUUCUCCGUCAUUAUCAACAGCUCCAUAACAUUCAUAAGUGUACCAUUAAACACUGUCCAUUCUGUCCCAGAGGACUUUGCAGCCCAGAAAAGCACCUUGGAGAAAUUACUUAUCCAUUUGCUUGCAGAAAAAGUAAUUGCUCCCACUGUGCGCUCUUGCUUUUGCACUUGUCUCCGGGGGCGGCCGGAAGCUCAAGAGUCAAACACCAGUGCCACCAGUGCUCCUUCUCCACCCCCGACGUGGAUGUGCUCCUCUUUCAUUACGAGAGCGUGCAUGAGUCCCAAGCAUCGGACGUCAAACAAGAAGGCAAUCACCUGCAAGGAUCGGAUGGGCAGCCGGCUGUCAAGGAAAGCAAAGAACACUCAUGUACCAAAUGUGAUUUCAUUACCCAGGUGGAAGAAGAGAUUUCCCGACACUACAGGAGAGCACACAGCUGCUACAAAUGCCGUCAAUGCAGUUUUACAGCUGCCGAGACUCAGUCACUACUGGAGCACUUCAACACUGUUCACUGCCAGGAACAGGACAGCACUACAGCCAACGGCGAAGAGGACGGGCAUGCCGUAUCCACCAUCAAGGAGGAGCCCAAGAUUGACCUCAAGGUCUACAGUCUGCUCAAUCCAGACUCUAAAAUGGGAGAGCCGGUUGCUGAGAGUGUGGUGAAGAGGGAGAAGCUAGAAGAGAAGGACGGGCUGAAAGAAAAAGCUUGGGCUGAGAGUUCAAGUGAUGACCUUCGCAACGUGACUUGGAGAGGGGCGGACAUCCUACGGGGCAGUCCAUCCUAUACCCAAGCAAGCCUGGGGCUUCUGACCCCUGUGUCCGGCCCCCAAGAGCAGACAAAGACUUUAAGGGAUAGCCCCAACGUAGAGGCUGCCCACCUGGCGCGCCCUAUUUAUGGCUUGGCUGUGGAGACCAAGGGCUUCCUGCAGGGGGUGCCUGCAGGCGGAGAGAAGGCUGGCGCCCUCACCCAGCAGUAUCCUGCAUCUGGAGAAAACAAGUCCAAGGAUGAAUCCCAGUCCCUGUUACGGAGGCGUAGAGGCUCGGGUGUUUUUUGUGCCAAUUGCUUGACCACAAAGACCUCUCUCUGGCGAAAGAAUGCAAAUGGCGGAUAUGUAUGCAAUGCGUGUGGCCUCUACCAGAAGCUUCACUCGACUCCCAGGCCUUUAAACAUCAUUAAACAAAACAAUGGUGAGCAGAUUAUUAGGAGAAGAACAAGAAAGCGCCUUAACCCAGAGGCACUUCAGGCCGAGCAGCUCAACAAACAACAGAGGGCCGGCAGUGAAGAGCAAGUCAACGGCAGCCCCUUAGAGAGGCGGUCAGAAGAUCACUUAACUGAAGGUCACCAGAGAGAAAUUCCGCUCCCCAGCCUGAGUAAAUACGAAGCCCAGGGUUCAUUGACUAAAAGCCAUUCUGCUCAGCAGCCAGUCAUGGUCAGCCAAACUCUGGAUAUUCACAAAAGGAUGCAACCUUUGCACAUUCAGAUAAAAAGUCCUCAGGAAAGUACUGGAGACCCAGGAAAUAGUUCAUCCGUAUCUGAAGGGAAAGGAAGUUCUGAGAGAGGCAGUCCCAUAGAAAAGUACAUGAGACCCGCGAAGCACCCAAAUUAUUCACCACCAGGCAGCCCUAUUGAAAAGUACCAGUACCCCCUUUUUGGACUUCCCUUUGUACAUAAUGACUUCCAGAGUGAAGCUGAUUGGCUGCGGUUCUGGAGUAAAUAUAAGCUCUCCGUUCCUGGGAAUCCGCACUACUUGAGUCACGUGCCUGGCCUACCAAAUCCUUGCCAAAACUAUGUGCCUUACCCCACCUUCAAUCUGCCUCCUCACUUUUCAGCUGUUGGAUCAGACAAUGACAUUCCUCUAGAUUUGGCGAUCAAGCAUUCCAGACCUGGGCCAACUGCAAACGGUGCCUCCAAGGAGAAAACGAAGGCACCAUCAAAUGUAAAAAAUGAAGGUCCCUUGAAUGUAGUAAAAACAGAGAAAGUUGAUAGAAGUACUCAAGAUGAACUUUCAACAAAAUGUGUGCACUGUGGCAUUGUCUUUCUGGAUGAAGUGAUGUAUGCUUUGCAUAUGAGUUGCCAUGGUGACAGUGGACCUUUCCAGUGCAGCAUAUGCCAGCAUCUUUGCACGGACAAAUAUGACUUCACAACUCAUAUCCAGAGGGGCCUGCAUAGGAACAAUGCACAAGUGGAAAAAAAUGGAAAACCUAAAGAGUAAAACCUUAGCACUUAGCACAAUUAAAUAGAAAUAGGUUUUCUUGAUGGGAAUUCAAUAGCUUGUAAUGUCUUAUGAAGACCUAUUUAAAAAAAAAUACUUCAUAGAGCCUGCCUUAUCCAACAUGAAA